AUCUUAUCAGUCAGAACUUCACCUUCCACUUGAUUGGACUACCGAAAGCAGUUAAAUCCUCUUGUUGCGAUAAUUUUUUUUAUCUGUGUAAUUUUUGUUUUAAAUAUCAUAAAAAAAAUCUGAAUUGCCGACUUUCGUUGGAUGAUAAGACAAGACAGACAGAUAAUUCUAGUGGAUUCGGAAAUUUUUCAGUCAUUUUCGGUGCUUUGGCGUGAAAAGACCUAUUUUUUGCCUUUUAUCCAUUGAGAAAAAAAAAUCACGAGGAUGGAUGUCGUACAAAACGUUACAUCAACUGUUCAAACGCACUUUGGUACCGUAGAUUAUGCAGUUUUUGUGAUGAUUCUUUCGCUUUCCGCUGGAAUUGGGGUUUAUUUCGGAUUUUUUCGACGUGGCGAAGACUCAACGGAAGAAUAUUUGCAUGGAGGACACAAAAUGAAAGUUAUUCCAAUUGCCAUUUCCUUGAUCGCGAGUCAGUUAUCUGGCGUAACAAUGAUGACCGUACCUGCGGAGAUGUAUUUUUACGGAACGCAAUAUUACAUUAUCGCUAUUUUGAUGAUUGCCAUCACUUUUGUGAUAAAUUCCUUCGUUCAAGUUUUCUACGAGAACAAGUUGUCAAAUUGUAACGAAUAUCUGGAGUAUCGUUUUAGUGCGAGUGUUAAACACAUUAUUCAAGUCGUUUAUAUUGCCACGAAUUUUUUGAUGCUGCCAAUUGUUAUCUACAUUCCGUCUUUGGCAUUUUCGCAGGUAACGGGAACGAGCAUUUCGGUCAUCAAUGCGAUCGUUUGUGGCGUUGGCGUGUUCUAUACGAUGUUCGGAGGUAUCAAAGCUGUGGUUUGGACAGAUGUGCUUCAAGCUUUUGUCAUGGUAGCAUCGACAUUUUUCAUCGCGGGUUACAGUUUGAAUCUGCUUGGAGGGUUUGGGGAAGUUUUCAGUAUCGCAAGUAAUGGAGGAAGACUCGAACUGUUGAAUUUAAACUUUGAUUUCACAUCUCGCAUCACUUUUUGGAAUUCGAGUCUUGGAUAUUCGUUGGGAUGGUUGGCAUAUGUUGGUUUGAAUCAAAAUUGCGUGCAACGAAUGGUGUCUUUGCCGUCAAUGAAGAAAGCUCGUUGCGCAAUGUGGCUUUUCUGUUUGGGAUUUAUCUUCAUUACGAGUUUGACAUGCUUCACAGGUCUCUUGAUCUACGCCAAAUAUCACGAUUGCGAUCCAAAAACCGUUGGGCUCAUUGAAAAAGCUGACCAAAUGUUGCCCUUGUUCGUGCAAGAUGUUGUCGGACACAUUCCUGGCAUCACGGGCAUCUUCAUCUCAUGCGUUUUUAGUGCUGGGCUGAGCACAAUUUCAGCUAUGAUGAAUGCUCUUGCGGGAAUUGUGUAUCAAGAUUACUUGAAACCGAUGAACUGCAUCGGGCAUACUGAAAGAAAGGCGAAUUUAUGGAUGAAGGGAAUCGUACUUACCUUUGGCAUCUAUUGUGUCUUGAUGGAAGUUGUCAUCGAGAAGUUUACUCAUCUCUUGGAUGCUGUUUACUCCAUUUCAGCUCUUCUCAAUGGACCAACUGUUGGUGUCUUCACGUUGGGACUUCUUUGGCCUUGGGCAAACAAAAAAGGUGCUCUUACGGGAGUUCUUGCAAGUGUUGGAGGUUUGUCGUAUAUCGUCAUUGGACAUCUUUCUCUCAAAUUUCAAGAUCAAUUGAAAUAUCCAACGCUUAACACAUCCAUUGAAGGAUGCGCAGACUUGGGAAUUAAUAUCACGAAUAUUGACUUGAAUAUCGCUCCGAUUCCUGAACCGAUUGAAUUUAGUUUGAACACGAUUUCGUUUCCGUGGUUCAGUUUGAUCGGCGGAUUGAUUGUUUGGGUCGUUGGAAUUCCUGUUAGCGCUUUUACGGGCGGCAAUAACACACGAAUGCUUGAUGUUACGUUGUUGGCUCCCGUCAUUCGUGGAUUCUUCAAGAAAGAUAGAACUGAAAAAGGAGAGGAAAUGACCUUUAUUGAGAAGAAAAUUAUAAUGGACACGAAUGGAACAAUAACGGAACAGAUUUUUGCUCAAAAAGAUGAUUAUGAGAUGGAAAAGAAGGAUCGAGAUUAAAAUUUUUAUAGUUUAAUAGAAAUAUAAACCAAAAAAGUAUUCAAAAAUAGGAAAAAUGAAUAAAAUUUAUUAUAUAAAUACGGAAAAUAUGAAGAGAAAUCAUCUCUGGAAUGAACAUUCUUAUUCAA